AUGGGUGUUGCUACCCUUCUGCUGAUAUUGCUAAUAGCUAUCAUCAUUUAUGCUAUUUUUCAAUCAGGAUAUUUCCGUUGUGCUUUAUUGGCAUUCCAAAUACCAGGGCCAAAAGCAAUUCCAUUCAUUGGAAAUUGUUUAAUUGUAAAGGAAAAAGAUCUUUUAGGAAACAUCAUUGCAACUGGAUAUAAAACGUAUGGACCUAUUAGUAGACUCUGGUUUGGUUUUCUUCCAUUCUUUGUCAUCUUUGAGCCUGAACAUCUUCAACAAAUACUCAGCUCUCAUAAGCAUACAGAAAAGUCAUUUCUCUAUAAAUUAUUACAUAAUUUUCUUGGGGAUGGAUUGAUAACAAGUUCAGGUGACAAAUGGCUGGCGCAUAGAAAAUUUACGACUCCCAUUUUUCAUAUCAAUAUACUUGAAAAAUUCAUAGAAACUUUUUCUGAUAGCGCAAAAGAAUUUUUAAUAAAACUGCAAAAUAAAAAUGAAAUAAACGUUACCAGUUUUGUCAACGAAUGCAUCAUAGAUGUUUUGAAUGAAUCUGUAUUGGGAGUACUUGUGAAAGAAAAGCAGAAAAAAUCUCCUUUCAGAGAAGGGAAAGUUGUUGCUCCACAUCGCAUUGCAAAUCCUUGGCUUUUGUUCGAUUGGAUUUAUCAACUGACUUCAUCAGCAUCAGAUGAGUUAGACCAAAAGAAACGUUUAGAUGAGUUUGUAAGAAAGAUAAUUCAAGAAAGAAGAAAUACAGAAGAAUACGUUGAUGACAUGAAGCGGAAAUGUUUAUUAGACUAUUUGAUAGAUAUUUCCAAGACCCAUCCAGAUUUUGAUGAGAAGGAUAUCAUUGAUGAAGCAUGUACUUUUAUGUUAGCUGGACAAGAUUCAGUUGGUGCUACCUUAGCUUUCACAAUUUUUCUUCUCGCUCAACAUCAGAAUCAUCAAGCCAAGUGUUAUGAUGAAAUCAAAUAUAUUUUUGGUGACGAUGAGAGAACACCAACAAUCAAUGAUCUGAAGGAAAUGAAACAUCUUGAAAUGUGUAUCAAGGAAACCCUUCGACUUUAUCCUGCGGUUCCUAUAAUGGCACGCCAUUUAGGUGGAGAAGUAAAAUGUGGCAACGUAACGUUACCCUCAGGUUCUGAAAUCUUUGUCAUUCCAUAUGCAACACAUCGUCUUGAACAUAUUUAUCCUAAUCCAGAAAAUUUCAUACCAGAAAGAUUUCUUCCAGAAGAAUGUGACAAGAGAAAUCCCUACGCUUUUCUUCCAUUUUCAGCUGGACCUAGAAAUUGCAUUGGUCAUCGUUUUGCUAUGAUUGAGUUAAAAACAAUUGUUUCAACAAUUCUCAGAAAAUAUCGAAUAACGUCAGUACCUGGCAAGGAAAUCAUUGAACCUUCUUUCAGAAUAACAUUAAGAGCUCGUGGAGGAAUUUUCGUACAAUUCGAAGAAAGAAAUAAUAACGAAACGAGUUUUGAAAACAAGAAUUAUAAUUUAUUUACUAGAGGGUGA